GAAGUGAAUAGGAGCGUCGGAACCGGAAUCGUAAUCAGCACCACCUUCCAUCACUCAAGUCGACCUCACGAAUUUUUACUCGCCUCACGAAUCAAUCCGAGGCAUUGACAGUAUUGAAACCUCGAUAGACGACAGAACACAUGAACCCUUCGUUGCACCGUCCCGGUCACGUCUCAAUGUCCCGUAGAGUCCGAGUCGCCCCUUGUGCAUAUAUUAUCUCACUCAUCCUCAUCGUAUUGAUGCUCAGUUACUCACUACCACGCCUUUCAUCGAGGUCCCGGACAUGGGUAGUGCUGUAUGUGGUGAUCACACAAGCCGCAUUGGGGUGGCGCAUAUUCUGGAGCAGCAGAAAAGAGAUUGGGCUCUCCAGGGUGAAGAGGAAUCCUAUCAUCGCCAACGUCCAAGGACGACGAGAUGCCUACUCUUCCUCCAAUCCAGUGGAUACGUGAAGUGUAUGAAACUGUAUUUUUAUGAAUUGGC